AUGAUUGUUUUGAGCAGUCUUCUUAUGAAGCACUCGCUGCUGAAGCCUCGAACUCCGAAACCAUGCUUCUCCUGCGGCUCCGAAGACAGACCCUUCGCCUACCCUCUAAUCGGCUACUUGGUGAAGCUGAAAGACAUGGUCGUGAAAGGAAUCAAUGUCCUCGUGACCAACGUAAAAGAAAACAAGAUUAACAACAAUCUUCUUUUAUUUAAACCAUUUCGAUGUAAUGCAGGACCUUUCCCAAAAGCAGAAGGAAAUAUGGGCAACAAAGAGUUUAUAUUUGGCAUUAUUGAAACAAAAAAAGGCACUAGAGACAAUGUUUGGAUCUGUGGUGUUCUUAUAGAUUUGCCGAAAUCUGACUUGAUGUUAAUAAGAACCGGUGCGUGUUUUGUAAUCUUGUUGAUGACCACAGGACUUGCUAAACGUGUCAAGUCAUUCGAGAGCAGACCCAGGUUCAGACCGUUAUUAAAACCUCUUCUCGAAAAGAAGUUGCUUGAUAAAGAAAAGAAAAAGCCACUAUGUGGGAAAUGCGAAGAGCUACUAUUACCACCACCGCCUCCACCACCACCAACGAUCAUGCUAAUGCCAGCUGGCCCACCACCUUGUGGAGCACCACCUGUACCACCGAUUUUAAUAUCACCCGCAUUGCCUCCAUCAUUGUGCCUACCGCCACCACCGCCGCCAGCUCCAUUGAUAUUGCCAGCUCCGGCGCCUGCUCCAUGUUUACCAGCACCUCCGCCAAUGAUGUUUUCAUUGCCUCCACCGUCACCAUUUAUGUUUUCAGCUCCCCCGUCCCCACUAAUGUUACCACCGCCACCAGCACCAAUAAUGUUGCCAGCUCCUUCUCCGUGUUUACCACCAGCUGCGCCAGCACCUAUGAUAUUACAUGCGCCUCAACCUGCACCCCUUCCAUGUCAAUGUUGCCUUCCUCCCGCAUUACCUCCCGCUCCAGCUCCUUUCAUUAUAUCUUUAGUUCCUCCUCCCCCUCCCCCGCCGUUAUGUGCACCACCGCCACCCCCACCCGGUAUACCCAUGACAGCCUUCAUGGUACCCCCUCCUGUUCCAGUCACAUUAGAACCAAAACCUCUAGAAUUGCCCCCUCCUACUUUCUGUAGUUAUCAAAUAAAGUUAACGCGCCAGAUAUCCCAGUAUGGAUUGAGUUCUACAUUUUCCUGUAAUCCAUACAUUUUGGAUGAAGUCGACAAUCACAAGCUCCAAGGAGUGCUAUACAUCACACACAAACACGAAGACGAAAUGCUGGAAAAGUUAAGACAUCAACAUUUCUUUGCUAUGUACAAAUGGUUGGUGGUUGGAGACAGGUUGCCCACAGCAUUGCACAAGAUUCGCUACGAUGCUGAUGUAACAUUCCUAGAACAUGGUGCCACAAACAGCACAGCGGCAUAUUUUUCUGACACAUAUAUCCAUCCACGAGACGGUGUUACUAUCCAUCCCUGGGCAUAUUGGACUGCUACGCAAGGUUUCAUUGUAACUCAGGAACGGGCAAGAAUCCUGAGACGACAGGACUUGAAGAAAUAUCCAUUGAGGAUCGCUACUCCGAUUGGCCACUACUCCAGUGAGCGAUACAAUGGCACGUUCGUCGAUUGGUUGGAGGACGAAGCUAUAUCAGACCAGGAUCCGGGAAUUCGAAGUGGAUAUCACACUUCAAUGCUCUUGGUGGAAGCAGUUAAUGCACAAGAUUUAUUAAUCGAGAACGAGUUGUGGUCAGCAAGGAUCAACAAUGAUAGCAUGAUCAUAAUGUUGUCCACGGGUGACGCAGAUCUAGCUGGAGGAAUUCUGAGGAUAUUGUUGGACAGGACAUUGAUACUAGACUACGUCGUCCCUAUCUGGCCUUUCAGGGUAGGCUUCAUCUACGUAGCAGAAAGAGAAAGCAGCAAUAAUAUGUAUCUGGAACCAUUCUCACCAGGGGUAUGGUGGGCCUGUCUUGUCAUGAUGUGUGUACUAGCUUUGGUGCAACGUAUCACGUCCAAAAAUCGAAAGGAAGAAGACGGUGCUCUUUACACCGUACUUACGACAUAUUUGCAACAAGAUGCGAGUGCAGUUCCUGAAUGCGCAUCAGGCCGUUGGUCUUUCAUGGUUCUUUCUGUGAGUGCCAUGUUAGUGCAUGCCUACUACACAUCCGCCAUUGUGUCUGCUCUCAUGAGCACUGGCAAGGGAGGUCCAGACUCCCUAAGAGCACUCGGAGAUUCUAAAUAUGCCAUCGCUAGUGAAGAGUAUGACUUCAUGAGAUAUUUAUUCUUCGACGUUGAAACGUCUUGGGAGGAUCUAGAAUACCUGAAGAGAAAAAAGAUGACAUCCAGAUUCUAUGUGGAAUUCAAUAAAGGGGUGGAGUUGGUCGAACAAGGCAGCACCGCUUUUCAUAGCGAGUACAACCAAAUCUACCCACACUUCAAGUCAUUUAGCGAUGACAACAUCUGCAAGUUACAACAUGUGGAUACCAUACCUGAGACUCUAACCUGGAUAACUUCAUCCAAAAAUGGCCAGUGGACUGGAAUGCUCCGUAUAGCUGGACUAUGGCUGCUCGAAACCGGUCUUGGAAAACGACUAGUCACUCGUCUUCGGAUUCCUCAACCUCCUUGCAGAGCGGCUUUACUAGCUGAAAGAGUGAAACUAGGAGAUGUCGCUCCCUUAUUGCUUCUUACUAUUUUCGGCGCUAUUCUGUCCCCGAUGGUGUUAGGAAUGGAAGUAAUGUUUUCCAAGGCUCAGAAAUAUGGAUGUAGAAUACUGAGGAGGAAAACUCAGGCAGAAUUUAGGAAUUAUGAGUCUAAUUUGUCCGAAAUUAUUGAAUUUGAAUAG